CAUUCUCUUCCUCCUCCCAUCGAUAGAUUAUUCCGUCACCUAAAAGCUGCGUACCCGCCGAUCGAGGCCGAACGUGUUGUGAAAGUAACCGACUAAAUUCGUCACCGUAACAGCCCCACACAGCGCCGCGCGCCGGCGGCUUCUUUCGCCGCUUUUAUCUGGCAUUGCCCUGUCCCGCCGCUAUCCCAAUUGCGUCCCAAUCGGGUCUGAGCUGUCUGACCGCGUAUCCGGUCAACGAUACUCCUGGUGUCGUGGUUGACGCGUGUCCCUUUGUAGGACGCUCGGUUUCCUAAAAAAAAAUUUGGCGUGUCCCGGCUUCAUAGAGCUCCUUGAUUGUGGAUUGCUGGCUAUUUGAAGUCAUCAGCUGGGAGAAGGUUAUUUGAACAAAUGUGUUGUCUCUGAGCCUCACAAUGGCUGGGAAUGCAAGGUUUGAAUUAAAAUCUGCUAGCCCUGACUCAGGAUUUGCUGGAGGCUACAUUAACGGGCAAAGAGGUGCAUAUAAUGGUCCCAUCUCAGAGAGAUCUGUGAGUUUCAGUGAGAGUGCUGGUAGCAGGGUGUUUGGUUAUGGGAAGGGUUCAACUCGUGCCAGUACAAUAUUGAUGGGAGAAAUACCUCUAGUAUCUCAUUGUCUAACGUUAGAACCAAUUAUAAUGGGAGAACCAAAGUUUUCUCAUGUUGCCGAGUUGAGAAGGGUUAUGGGACCUUUGGCGAGCACCUCUGAAGACAAUUCUUUAUUUAUGGAUGAGCUAAGGCGUUAUAUGGCUAAUGUUGCAUAUCAAUCCAAUAAGGCUAGUGGCAGAACAAAAAUUGUAGAUGGUCUACUGCAUAAUGUGAACAUUUAUACUGAAGUUACAAAGAAGCAGCAAAGAAAUGACCUGUUAGUAAAUGAAAGAUCAGGGGUCCCAAGCUUAAAGACAGCGAUUCAGAUUUAUCGAGGGCCUUCAGAACUAGCACAAAAGCAGAAGCCGGAUGAUCGUCCUAAGAAUGGCACUCUGAUUAAGCGCACUCGCACGUCUGUUGCAGAAACCCGGUCUGAAUACCGGACAAAUGGUUUGCAGAGGCAGCCUGCACUAAUAACAAAAGAGCGAGAUAUGCACAAGGAUAGCAAUGCAGACUGUGAUAUGACUGAAGAAAAGGUUCACAAGUUCCCUGCUGGAGGUGAAGGUUGGGACAAAAAGAUGAAAAGGAAACGCUCAUUUGGUGCUGUCAAUUCAAGACCUAUUGAAGAUGACGGUGAAGUUAAACGGACCAUGCAUCAUAAACCUUCUAGCGAAGCCGGCUUCCCAUCUUGUGAUUCUCAUGGUUUCAAAUCAGGAUUGUCUGGUGCUGCUGGUGGCAAUAGCAAGUCAGAGGGAACUUCACCUGCUAGUUCCAGUGGCCGUGCACUCCAAAGUGAGCAGGAAAAAUCCCCUUUGUCUAGGGAUUUGACAGCUGGGUUGAACAAGGAGAAAGUUUUUGCAAAAGGACACUUCAAAUUUAAUAGCUGUGACGAAAUCAAUGGCUGUCCUAGUCCAAUAACAAAAGGAAAGGCAUCAAGGGCUCCACGAAGUGGUUCUAUGGUUCCCAAUAAUUCAGCCUCCACUGUUCCCCGAGUACCUGGAACCCAUGAAAGCUGGGAGCAGGCACCAAAUGGAAUAAAGAACCUUUCUGUUGGUGGUGCCAAUAAUCGCAAGCGUCCAUUUCCUUCAGGUUCAUCUUCACCUCCCAUUACGCAGUGGAUUGGUCAGCGGCCUCAAAAAAUUUCUCGAACAAGGAGGGUUAAUCUUGUAUCUCCAGUGUCAAACAAUGAUGAGAUACAAAUGUCAUCUGAUGGUUGUUCCCCUUCUGAUUUUGGAGCUAGAUUAACUACUAGUGCAGUAAAUCACUCUCUUUUACCCAAAGGCACAGUCAACGAGCCACACAAUGGAAAGGUCAAGACUGAGUGUGUUUUAUCUCCAACUAGAUUAUCUGAUAGUGAAGAGUCUGGUGCCGGUGAAAAUAAAUUAGAAGAUAAAGGCAUUGGCUAUAGUGAGGCAGAGGAAAAAGCUGCACCUGCUGUUCAAACCCUUGGGCCUCCUGCUUCUCACAUGAAGAACAAAUUCCUUGACAAGGACGCAACUGGUGAUGGUGUACGACGACAAGGACGCAGUGGAAGAGUUUCAUCAUUUACUAGGGGUAACAUUUCACCUACGAUGGAGAAGCUGGAUAAUUUGUCCACCACAAAGCCACUUCGGCCAACAAAGCCUAUUGAAAAGAAUGGCAGUAAGUCCGGCCGUCCUUUGAAAAAGCAAUCAGAGCGCAAAGGGUUCUCUCGCCUUGGGCAUCCGACAAGUAGUGAGUCACCAGAUUUCACUGGAGAUUCAGAUGAUGGUCGCGAGGAGCUCCUAUCAGCUGCUAACUCAGCACAUAACUCUAGUGUUCAAGCAUGUUCAAGUGCAUUCUGGAAGAGGGUAGAGGCCUUCUUUGCUUCAAUCAGCUCAGAAGAGAAGCUCUACCUAUCAGAGCAGUUGAAAUCAUCAGAGGAACUUCAUACAAAACUAACAAAGAUUUCAUGCUCACAGAAUGGUGUUCUGAGUGAUCAUGUGCCUGAUGGAACUUUUAUAGCAGACCCCGUUUCUGCUGACCGCAAAAGAUGCAUGAAAAACCAAAGUGGAUCAAAAAGUGCAGAUCUUGUGGAUAAAGCUCAAAAUUCUAUUCCAAGUGAAAAUCUAAAUUCAAACAAAAAAAUCAACAAAGUUACUCCACUGUAUCAAAGAGUGUUAUCAGCUUUGAUCAUGGAGGAUGACCUUGAAGAGCUUGAAGAAAACAAGGUUGAGAGAUCUUCAUCAUUACAGGGUCUAGGGGAUUCACCUGAUGAGGCAUCCCCUUUUGUUGACUUUGUUGGUAAUAGAAAUAUGGAUAGGACAGAGUUUGCACGUGGAUCAGUAGUCGGUGUUGUUCAGUUAGAGAAAAAUGGAAUAUCAAACAAAUUUGCUUCUUGCAACGGAUAUGGUACAUACACUGGCAUUCAGGAUUCUCCAGAUGGUAUUGAAGUGCCACUAAGGGAGAAUGGUUUCAUGCAUUCAGAGAUUGGAUUGCUGGUUGACCUUUCAAGAUGUAACAACUCAGAGGGUCUCCAAAGUCGGGUUACUAGUAGUUUCAGCAUUUCUUCUUCGGAUCACCAAUAUGCUCAAAUGUCUCUCAAUGAUAGACUUUUGAUGGAGCUUCAGAGCGUUGGCAUCUAUGUAGAAACUGUGCCCGGUUUAGAAGAUAAAGAAGAUGAAGCGAUCAACCAAGAAAUUGUGCAGCUGGAGAGAGGACUAUAUCAACAGAUUAGUAGAAAGAACGCACACCUUGGUAAAAUAUCUCACGCAAUACAAGAAGGCAAAGAUAUUGAUUGCCGGGACCCUGAGCAGGUUGCAAUGAAUAAGCUCGUCGAGCUGGCUUACAAGAAGCUAUUGGCAACUCGGAAGGCUCCCAAAAUGGGGUUGCCUAAGGUGUCAAAACAGGUGGCAUUGGCUUUUGCGAGGAGAACACUUGCAAGAUGUCGCAAAUUUGAGGAAACAGGGGAAAGUUGCUUUAGUAAUCCAACUUAUAGGGACAUUAUUUUUGCUUCCCCUCCUCGGUUUAGUGAAGCAGAGCUUUUAGCAGGGUGCAACAUUUCGGGCAGCGCUGGAUCAAUAUACCCUUGUAAUAACAAUCGUCAAUCCGACCAAGCUUUUGCAAGAAACGGACCACUAUCAAACAGAGGGAGGAAGAGAGAAAUAUUGCUUGACGACAUUGGCAGCUCUGCCUUCCAAUCCACCUCCACUCUGGGUGGCACCACCACCCUGUUUGGCGGCGCAAAAGGAAAGCGAAGCGAGAGGGAUCCCUCAUCUGCCCGGAAUGCGAAAACGGGUCGCUCUUCUCUUGGGGGCAACUCUAAAGGUGACCGGAAAACGAGAACAAAGCCCAAACAGAAGACUGGGCAGCUUACCACUACAUCUUAUAACAAGUUCCUGGAAACCCCAAACCCCUUCCAAUCACCAGUGGAUGCCAUCAAGAAUGAUGGGAACAUGAAAACAGAAAGUUCUGCAGAGGUCAAGAACGAUUCUGCAGACCCGAUAACAAACGCACCCUUAAUAAACGACAUUGUUGACGAAAUAGGAGAAGACCUGGGUGCGGGUUCGCAGGAUUUGAAUGCUUGGUUCAACUUUGACGUGGAUGGUUUGCAAGAUCAAGAUUGUAUUGGCCUGGAAAUACCUAUGGAUGACCUCUCGGAGUUGAAUAUGUUUUAGCUUGUGUCACUUUGUCGCUCAUUUAUUUACCUGUAAAUGCCUGUGGUUUAUUUAACAACCUGUAGUUACUAGUGAUCUUUGUUUUAAUGUAACUAGCAUAUUUCAUGGGUUUGGGCCAAAUCCCUCCCUUAUUUGUCAUCUAUGUAUUUUUUUAUUUACUUCUGAAAGACGACUUUAUGCUGUCUCACUCCCAUUGGG